GCACACAACGCCCUUCAGUUCCGCCCAAAAGGGAAAUGACGCCGGUGCAGAAAAUGGCGUCCGCAAAGCCUGUGGACCGCUGUGGCUUGUUACCCGUUUAAUUUAGAGCCGAGUGGGGGGUCUCUGCGUCUGGCAGGCGGACGACAACAUGGCAGUGCACCGCUGCCGCCCGCUCUCUUGAUUCCGGAAUAAACCCCGCCGCUUCAUGUCCGAAGGAGCCAGAGCUGCCUGGUCGAAGAGGGGUAGUGGGGAUUCGCACCGCCGAGGUGAGACGGCUCACUGUUAGCAGCCGAGCUAAAGCCUGUUACCCCCGGUCGAGCGGUGUCGGAUCCCCCGUAGCUCCUGUCACCGCGAAACGGGAGUCGUGACAGUUACGGUGGCUAGUCAGAACCAGGGAAACACAAACACAGGAAAUGCGAGCGGCCCCUUAGCGCUCAGCCGUCAAAGCCUGUGAUUGUUCGCCCGGGCUCCAAAAGGUGAUUGACGCUCAGAAAAGGGACUUUGUUAGCAUCUACUGGACACAAGGGGCACUGUCCUCUGAUUGGCUCGGACAACCCCCUCUGACAUGCCCGUGGCCAAUCAGAGGUGUGUUAUGUCGGGGGCAGAUGUGGAGGUGUACCUGUCCCAGGUGCAUGAUGGGAGUGUGUCGUCGGGCUUCCGGGCGCUGUACGAGGAGCGUCUGCUGCUCGAUGUCACACUGUUGAUAGAGGAGCACCACUUCCAGGCCCACAAGGCGCUUCUGGCCACCCAGAGCGACUACUUCCGGGUCAUGUUCACAGCAGACAUGAGGGAGAGGGACCAGGACAAGAUCCACAUGAAGGGGCUGACAGCCGCUGGGUUCGGCCACAUUCUCCGAUUCAUGUACUACGGCUCGCUGGAGCUCAGCAUGCCCACCGUCCAGGAGAUCCUUCAGGCGGCCAUGUACGUGCAGCUGACGGAGGCGGUGGAGUUCUGCUGCUCCUUCCUGCUGGCCAAGAUCUGUCUGGAGAACUGUGCCGAGGUCAUGCGGCUCCUGGAGGACUUCAGCGUGGGCGUGGAGGGCGUCCAGGAGCAGCUCGACAACUUCCUACUCGACAACUUUGUCCCCCUCAUGAGCCGACCCGACUUCCUGUCCUACCUCAGCCUCGAGAGACUGCAGGCGUACCUGAACAGCGAUGCUCUGAGUCGCUUCCCAGAAAUCGAGCUGUAUGAAGCGGUCCAGGGCUGGCUGCGACACGACCGGCGGCGCUGGAGGCACACCGACACCAUCGUGCAGUCCAUCCGCUUCUGCCUCAUGACUCCUGCCAACAUCUUUGAGAAGGUGAAGACGUCAGAGUUCUACCGUUACUCCAGGCAGCUGAGGCAGGAGGUGGAUCAGGCGCUCAGCUACUUUCAUGAUGUCAACCAGCAGCCUCUGGUGGAGACGCGCUCCAACCGGAUCCGCUCCGUCCGCCCGCAGACCGCCGUCUUCAGGGGAAUGAUCGGUCACAGCAUGGUCAACAGCAAGAUCCUGCUGCUGCAGCGCCCGAAGGUGUGGUGGGAGCUGGAGGGACCUCAGGUGCCGCUGCGACCCGACUGCCUGGCAAUCGUUAACAACUUUGCCUUCCUGUUGGGAGGAGAGGAGCUCGGGCCCGACGGGGAGUUUCAUGCCUCAUCCAAAGUCUACCGCUACGACCCUCGACAGAACUCGUGGCUACGCAUGGCUGACAUGUCGGUGCCCAGGUCAGAGUUUGCUGUGGGCGUCAUCGGCAAGUUUAUUUACGCGGUGGCGGGCCGCACGCGAGACGAGACCUUCUAUUCCACAGAGCGCUAUGACAUCACAGAGGACCGCUGGGAGUUCGUGGACCCGUAUCCUGUAAACAAGUACGGUCACGAGGGAACGGUCCUCAACGGUAAACUGUACAUCACCGGCGGCAUCACCUCCUCCUCCACCUCCAAACAGGUGUGCGUGUUCGACCCGGGGCGGGAGGCCGGAGGCGGGGGAGGAGGCGGGAGCUCAGGCGGGUCAGACGCACACAGGACACGCGCCGGCCGAGGCCCGCUGCUGCCCGGCACCCACGCCAGCUGCUGGGAGAACAAAUCCAAAAUGAACUACGCCCGUUGUUUCCACAAGAUGAUCUCUCACAACGGGAAGCUGUACGUGUUCGGAGGCGUGUGCGUGAUCCUGCGGGCUUCCUUCGAGUCGCAGGGCUGCCCGUCCACCGAGGUGUACGACCCCGACACCGACGAGUGGACCAUCCUCGCCUCCAUGCCUAUUGGGCGCAGCGGCCACGGGGUGGCGGUGUUGGACAGGCAGAUCAUGGUGCUGGGCGGUCUGUGUUACAACGGCCACUACAGUGACUCCAUCCUCACCUUCGACCCCGACGAAAACAAGUGGAAGGAGGACGAGUAUCCCAGGAUGCCUUGCAAACUGGACGGUCUGCAGGUGUGCAGUCUGCACUUCCCAGAGUAUGUGCUAGAGCACGUUAGACGCUGCAGCUGAGGUCUGCUCCACAACGAGCCUCCUUUUUAUAGAAACGAGGAUGCACUGACUGAAGUCUCCCGCUGGGAGAGCGGGUGUUUACGGGUGGGAGACUCUGCUUUUAAAUAGAGACCAGCACCUCGGGUGAGGAAAAGAUGGCCGGGCCAUAGAUUUGCUGUUCUUACUGAAGCCAAUCGAAGCGUGGCGCGGUGAGACGCCACAUGUUAGCAGUCAGCUUGGACAUUUUCAAAAUCAGCUUUCUCAGAAAAUUAAGGAAAAAUAUUUGUGGGGAGAGGGAAAAAAAAAAGGUUGAAUCUGCUGGUUUAUGUUGGACUGUGGUCAGUUUCUAUUCUACUGCUCGCCGACUGUAUUUAGGCUGUCCAGUCGGGCUCACUGCAGAAACGCACUGGAAGCAUCAGAUCCAUCCGCAGAGGGACCUGAACUUGUUUUAUUCAUCAUGAGGAAUUGUCUGAAUUAGGUUUCUUUGCCUGCACCCUGAGAUUUUGACCUAAAUCAUCAAGUUGCUCUUAUUGACAAAUAGGUUAGUGAAUGCCAAAACAUGACUGCUGCUAUUUCAACCAAUUACAAAAUACCCAAUAAGAUAUAAAAGAGUUAAAGAAUAUGAUCAGGUAUAUAAACAAAAUAUUAACACUAUGUGUAGUGUAGCUAACCUUACAUAUACGAAGCAGACUGUAGAGACCCUCUGACAGAUACGGCUUGUUACAGAUGCUGCUGACUCUCCUGAUUAUUCAUUCAUAAAAUCAUCAGUUGUUCGCUUCCAGUGCGUUUCACAGUUUCCUCCUAAUUCUGCUCUUUACUCCCAGAUAUGUGCUCAUGUCCAUACAUCACUGUGUCUUUCUGUCCCCUCUGCCUCCUCCGUCUGAGUUUGAGAGUAUGUGUGUGAGAGCUGAAUGCAAGAAGAAAAAAACAUAACACUACAUGAUGCACGAGGUUCUUCAUUCGAUGGCGUGUGAACGGGGAUCCACAGGGGUCAAACGGUUGUUUUUACUAGAUAACAUGAAGGAAAGCUCUUCCUGUGUCCGUCUCCUCUCUGGCAGUGCUUUACUCACACUCUUCUACAUUCCCUGCACUUUACUGGUUUGUUAUCGUGGCUGUAGAGUUGAUUAACACGCUGUAAUGGUACAUGCGGUUAGCAGUGUCUGAAAUUAACCUUCUGACUGGUGAGUCCAGAUGAACUAAAGAUGAUGAAAAUGUGCAGCUGUAGUUGAAAUAGUUAAGAAACACGGCGCCUCAUGCAAGAACAUUUUCAUAUCCUUAUCCUGAACUUCUCUUUCUACGUUCUGCCUUUAGUUUGUUUGUACGAGAGCUUCAUUUACCAAACUCUUAGCUGCACAAACACGUAAAUAGGGAACGAUUAUUUUCAGUAUCGACUAAUCUGCCUAAUAUUUUUACGAUUAAUCGUUUAGUCUACAAAUUGUCAAGAAAUUGUGACAAUUGCUCAUCACAGUUCUCCAGAGCCCAAAGCGACGUCUUCAAAUUGCUUCAGUCUAAAAACCCAAAGACUCUUCAUUUACCAUCAUUAAUGACAAAGAAAAGCAGCAAUUAUUUACAUAUAAGUAACUGUUGCAGCUCUAGUCGUAAGCAGCUUGUUUCAGCCUGUUGAUGAUGAUGAUGGUUUGUGAGAUCUCAUCAGUAGCCCUAAAGUUGCCACGGAAGGCUUCAUGUUCAGCUCUGUUUCUGGGAGGGUUUCGUUCACAUACAUGUUACCAAAGAGUAAGAGAGAAGACGCUCACACUGCAGAGCUUCAAGUCCUGCUGAUGGAAAUGAGCAAACUAAUCCAGCAGUGUCCGUUUAGUGGGAUUAGAGGACAGCUGUUAGUGACGCUCGCUUAGAGCAGCGCUUUACUGUGACAGACAGACAGAGGGAAAUAUUAGACGAGAUAAUAUUAAAGCUUUUAGCAGGUGAUGUUACAGCAGAGGAUGCGCUGCAGAAAGACUCUGAAACUACUGAAGUUGUCCUAGUUAUGUUUUAUUUUUGUAUAUUUAAACUCCAGAUUCAGUCAGAUUAAGGUGUUAUGAGUUCAGGUCUGACUCGUCCGACAAAUCUUUCCUCUGACUGGUUCUUGCACGGGGCCCGUUGUUUAUCCUCCUGUAAAUUGAGCUACACGUUUCAUGUAUGUCAUGUACCAAAACCAGGUUACGUGUCUUUUAGAUUUCAGCUUGUUUACCCUCUUAUACGACCGAACAGAGCUCAGUAUAAACAAAAGCUUUCAGCUGCGAGUGACUCAAACAAUUACCAGCCAGUGUUUCCAGAGGAUUUUUACCACCAAAGCUGAAUCAUACCAGCGCUUUGCAGACAGCUGUGUUGAUUUCAGACAUUGAAAUGUCACCUGGAGUGCUUCAGUCAUAUCCGUUAUUCUGUCGCCACGCUCACUGUAAGGCCUUCACAUACACGCAGUCCGGCGCCUUGAUCCUGCAGCCCAGCAAACCCUGCUCGAUUACCAGCUCCAUGUUUUCUGAACUAGUCCUUAUUUAUUUUUUUCCCAUGAGCCAACUGUGAAAAGGGCUAGAGCACAUACUGACGCAGUUCUGUAUGUCGGCCGUGUAUUUAAUUAAUAUUUAUUUUCUGAAGUAUUGCUUUCACCGAGCUAUGCAGUAACAGUAGUAGGGUUAUUUAUUAUGACAAGAAUUUCAUUGUGAAUCGUGUUGUUUUUUUAAAUUGUUCUUUGUCCUCGGCCGUCCGUCCCGUCCACCUCAGCAGCUCUGCAUGUGGCUAAUGAACGGAUGCUGUUUCAGUGUAAACGGAUGAGAAGGGUUAAUAAAAGGCAUCAGUGGAAACAUGUGACAGUAACAGAUGAACAGGUACAGCUUUUAAAGGAGGGUACUGGUGUCCUUACACAUGACUGUCCACUUAUUAUCGUCUCCAGAAGCUUUACAUGUUCCUGUAUGCAAAUUCUCUCCAGAUGUUGAAUUUACAGAUUGUUUUAUAAGUUCUUAAAUGCAACCUUGUUUGUAGGCGGCAUGUUUUUGAGGAAUCAGACUUGAAUUUUCUUCAUGACACAAAAACACUCCGGUAUUAUCCUUUAAAGUCAUGUUUCUUUGUGUUAACGGUGUCCCUGCUGUCCACACACUCGCACACAAACACAAACCUUGAGUCCUGAGAACACAGCUUUACCGUGUUCAUGCGACGCCACAGGGGGUUUGUCCGUUUGGGGAGAUCUUUGUGGCGCUCGGUAGAAGUCUUGGGUUGUGUAUUUUCCACGUCGACGCCUCCUCAGCAGUGAGAAGUUGCGUGACUUCAUAUAAAGCAGCUUUGAUUUCAAAAUGUUUGAAAGCAAAAAAUUACAGAAAUUGCGUUAUGUGCUGCAACUAACGAUUAUUAUAAAUCAAUUAAUUGUUUUAAUGUAAAAAAAAAAAGUCCAACUGAUGUCUUUAAAUGUUUUGUUUUGUUCGACCAACAGUCCAAAACUCAAAGAUGUCUCAUUUACUGUCAAAAUAUGACAAAGAAAAGCUGCAGAUCGUCAGUUUUGAGAAGCUGGAACCAGCAAAUAUUUGGUAUUUUUGCUUAAAAAAUGACAGAAGCUAAAUGACACUAAAGAAAACUAAACAUUUAUGUUAAUCUACAUGGUUUUUAUUUCUCACAUGCUUUGGCAACAUAAACGUCCCGUUGAACUGAAGUAAAAGAAAAAUAAACUUAAUUUCCCCCUAAAAUUUAAAACCUUUUCUGCUUUCAAACAUUUUUAUUGCUGCAGUUUGUUCACAUUCUUCAUGUUUUAAGGUUCAAGUAAAUUUUUAUUUAUAUAAAUGUCACAUAUUUUCGUCGAGGGGGGGCUUCAAAACAUUUCAUAUUAUCGAUGUUCACACUGUUUUAGCACUUUUUUCCGCUCCAGAACAACCACACAAGUGUCACACGUUGUAAAACGCACCAAUGAUCACACUGUCCGAGGCAGGUCUUUAGCUCCACGUCUCCUUUUGCGUCACCGCACUCUGCAUCCUCUCGCCGCUCCUCCUCCUCUCAUGUUGCUCUUAAAAGAAGAAACGUGUAACCGAUGACGUACUACUGUCCUGACCUGAGGCACAUUCAUUCAUUCAUUCAUUCAUAGCGCAGCAUCCUUUAGUCCUUCAGUCUGUCAGUAGGAAAACAGAGUAGAGGAUUAAAAAAAUAAACAUACCUUGCAACAACGACUGUAUCUGAAAAAGAAAGUGAAAUCAGAUUAACAUAUCUUAAUAAUAAUCUGAGUAGAAACUCUUUGGAAACGAUUUGUAACUUCUUUCCAGAAAUAAAUGUUCAUAUUGGUCAACUUUCA